AUGAGGCCGGUCGUACUCCUACUGUUGCUGCACGCAUGUCUACUAUCUUCGCAUCGCCUCGCCACAGCACGCACGCCUCUCGCCGAAGCGGACGGCGCCGCAAGUAGCAGCAGCCGUCGCGAGCUGCAAGCGUCGUGCCCCGCGGGCGUGGUGUGUCCGACGGGCGCCACGUGCGUGGUGGACGGCAGCGGCUACCCCUUCUGCAAGUGCGCGGCGGGGCAGGCCAUCAUCAACGGCGUCUGCGCGCCGGCCGCCAGCUGGGCAACCGUCGGCACCAACGUCGUGCUCUACAACCGCGCGUCGUACACCAACUACCCGAAAACACUCGCGCCAGCCGUGCUGCGCGGCGCGGCGCCGAACUCGAGCGCGUGCGUGAACCUGCCGGCAGCGUUCAACGGGACGGUGGGGUCGGUGCGCAUCAUGUGGAACGUGAACGACGGCGUGGCGGACCACCUGGUGUGCGGCAAGCUCUUCUUCUGGGACAAACCCAACUGCUGCUGCUCCGGGUCGGGCUACCAGAUCCCCGGCGGGUGGACCGCCGUCAACCCCAACACCUACACCUACACCACCACCAGCGUCAAGUCGACGAGCGGCGUCAUCGCGGUGGGCAGGUCCAUCUCGUGCCAGGCCGCCAUCGCCACCAACACGUACCCCUGCGCCACCAAGAACUGCCCCGUCAACGCCGCGUGCUCCGUGGUCAACGGUGCCGCCGUGUGCACGUGCAACGCUGGAUACAGCAUGGUUGGCGGGCAAUGCGUUGCAACAACGUCCAACCCGUGCACGGGGUACACCUGUCCCGCCAACUCAGCAUGCUCAAAUGUCAACGGUGCUGCCACGUGCACGUGCAAUACCGGAUACCAGAUGGUUAACGGCCAGUGCGUUGUGCCCAACCCGUGCACGGGGUACACCUGUCCCGCCAACUCAGCAUGCUCAAAUGUCAAUGGUGUUGCCACGUGCACGUGCAAUACUGGUUACCAGAUGGUCAACGGCCAGUGCGUGGGUCUCUCCGCCUCUUCUCCUCUCCAUUGCCUCCCUGCAUCAUGCGCCGUCCUCCCAAUCACCUCUGAUGUCAAUGUACCCAACCCAUGCACGGGAUACACCUGUCCCGCCAACUCAGCAUGCAGCAAUGUUAACGGUGUUGCCACGUGCACGUGCAAUACUGGUUACCAGAUGGUCAACGGCCAGUGCGUUGUGCCCAACCCGUGCACGGGAUACACCUGUCCCGCUAAUUCAGCAUGCAGCAAUGUGAACGGUGUCGCCACGUGCACGUGCAAUGCUGGUUACCAGAUGGUCAACGGCCAGUGCGUUGUGCCCAACCCAUGCACGGGGUACACCUGUCCCGCCAACUCAGCAUGCUCCAACGUUAAUGGCGUCGCCACAUGCACGUGCAAUACUGGUUACCAGAUGGUCAACGGCCAGUGCGUGGUGCCCAACCCGUGCACGGGGUACACCUGUCCCGCCAACUCAGCAUGCUCCAACGUCAAUGGCGUCGCCACGUGCACGUGCAGUGCUGGUUACCAGAUGGUCAACGGCCAGUGCGUUGUGCCCAACCCGUGCACGGGGUACACCUGUCCUGCCAACUCAGCAUGCUCCAACGUCAACGGUGUCGCCACGUGCACGUGCUCUGCGGGCUACCAGAUGACCGCCGGCCAGUGCGUCGCAAUCACGGACCCCUGCACAACAACCACGUGUCCAGCCAAGGCCACGUGCAGCAGCGUGAAUGGAGUGGCCACGUGUGUGUGCGCCGUGGGCUACACCCUCGUCAGCGGCGCCUGCCAGCCGGCCGCGCCCUGCUCGUUGGUGAAAUGCCCAGCCAACUGCACGUGCUCCUCCGCCAGUGGCGUUGCCAAGUGCGACUGCCCCACUGAUCUGUGCUACGGGGUGAAGUGUCCCGACGUCUCCAAGUGCACCUACAUGCUCGGCGCGCCCGUCUGCACGUGCCCUCCGCCCUACACACGCCUCAUCGACAACAAGUGCACCAACGGUCCGUGCUGCUCCCAUCCUGCCCUCCUCCCCUCCUCUCUUCUUGCCCGCCUGAUCUCUUGCCCUCCUGCCAUGCUGUCUGCACUGCAUUAUUCAAAGCCUUUCUUUCUCUCCCUUAUCCCUCCGUGCCUCGCCCCUGCGUGCCAUGCAGCAACGUUGGCCUUUUCGGACUAUCUGGACAACCAGAAUGCCGCCAGGGCCGCAGUGGGCGCCAUCCCCCUCGUCUGGAACGCCUCCCGUGAUGUCGUGCUCACAUGCCCCCUUCAAACGGACUGCAUGCCCCCUGCCGCCUCAAACUCCAACCCUCACUCCUCCCUCUCAAUGUCCCCCCUCCCUGCUCACCUCGCAGUGGCGGCGGAGGCACAGGCGUGGGCGACAACGCUGACCAACAGCACGUACAACUGCGGGCUGUCGCACGGCGGCAACCCCGGCGAGGGGCAGAACCUCUCGGGGGGUGGGCCGGCCGGCUAUUACUCGAACGGGGCGGCUGUGAGCUGGUGGGUGGGCGAGGGCGACCUCUACUCGUACGCCGUCUUCUCCGGGGGCUGCAGCACCGGCAACUGGGCUGACUGCGGCCACUACACGCAGGUCAUUUGGAACAACACGCGCACGGUUGGGUGUGGCAAGGCGUCGUGCGGCACGAAAGCAGAUGUGUGGGCGUGCAACUACUACCCUCCCGGCAACUACGGCGGCCAGCUGCCCUAUGUGCAAGACCCGUGCUACCGGGUGGCAUGCCCAUCCACGGCCACAUGCACGGUGCGGUAUGGGCAGCCCAUGUGUGUGUGUGGGGCGGGGCAGGUGCUCGUCAACAACGCCACGUGCCAGCCCGACCCCUGCACCACCGCCACCACCACGUGCCCCGGCAACCUCGUCUGUGACGGCUCCUCCGGCUCCGCCCAGUGCGCCUGCCCCACCGGCCUCGUACCCAUCAGUGCCAACACCUGCGUCCCGCCGGCGUGUGUGGGGGCGGUGUGUCCGGCGCAGGCGACAUGUGCGGUGGACGGGAGUGGGUACCCGUUCUGCCAGUGCCCCACGGGGUGGUACAUGGGCAGCAACGUGUGUGUGCAGGGCGUGCCGGCAGCUGUGGCAGCCACGAGCCUGGCCAUCUACAACACGGCGUCCUACACCAGCACGGCGCCCGCGCUGGGCCCCACGCUCGUGCGCACGGGGCUGCCCGUCAACUCGUCGCGCGGCAGCUGUGUGGACAUCCCCGGCGGCAUCGCGGCGGCGUCGCUGCGCGUGCUGUGGAACGUGCCGGACAGCACGGGGGCGCCCAAGCAGUCGUGCGGGCUGCUGUGGUUCUGGACCAGCGCCUCCUGCUACGGCUCCGCCACCGGCUACUACCGCCCCGCCGGGGACCAGCAGCUGUCUUUUUACUGUGGUGGUCCAUUGCCCUCCCUCUCUCCUCAAUACUCACCACUCACUGGUGUGCUUUGCCCUUCUCCUUGCUUGCUGUGUGCAUGCAGCACCACAUCGGGCAACGUGGCUCUCGUCAAGGCUGUAGCCUGCGCCAUCUGA